AUAUAGAUUUUUUGUGGAGGGCACCUUUCGGCACGCAUACACACCCACACAUACACACGGCGUACGCGCAUACACACCCACACAUACAUACACACUCCGAUCCCCGAGCCCUCCUGUUUCCCGGCUGUCAGCCAUCCUCUCCCUUCCUUUUCCACCGACACCAUGCUCCGCGCCCCGAUUGGCCUGGCACCGCGUACGCUGGGCCUUGCUCUGUCCUCGGCCACCCGUCGAUCCGUCUCUUCGAGCGUGGCCGUGAGUGCCCACAAUCGGGAGGCCUUGGCCCCGGUGGAGGUCGACGGCCUGGCCAUGUUCGAUGUUGGAGCCGCCCUGCUUGCUGAGGGAUGCCACCCGGGGGCCUUCCUGCGCGGGGGCGCUCUGGUGCGGGCCACCUUGCCUGCCAUCCGGGACCUCUUCCUGUCAAACACGCCGGAUGCCACCGGCAGGCGGUCCCCCAGUCCGCCACUGGUGGCCGAUGGCCGGUGGCUGGAGGAUCACUUCGGCCCGACGCGCGCCCUCGGGGCUCUUCCGGCCGGUUCCACGGCCGGGGGCGGGAUCAGCGGCCUCGUCGGCUGGGAUGUCGCCCUGGAUGGCCUUCUGGCAGCCGGGGAGCUGCUCCGCCUGCAGCAGGCCUCCUACUCUCGGUCGCACUUUGACUCGGUGAUCCAUCACUAUCGCGAAACGAUUGUCCGGGCACUCGGUCGGCGCUUGGACCGGGGUGACGCCGAUGUGGCCCCCGGGCCGGAUGUAUCGCAGCGCGAUCGUCAGCUUGAGGCACUGGCGCGCAUCGAACGGAUCAUGCACCAGACCAUUGUCCGGUCUUUCGCUCCCGGGGACAGCCUGGCCCACAUGGCGGAAGGCAACUUCCUGCCGCUUCACACCUUGGACCUCCGGGCCGAUGGGCACAUCCAGCCCCAUGUGGACAAUCUCUCGGCCUCCGGGCGCCUGGUGGCCGGGGUGUCGCUGUUGUCCGGGCGCGUGGUGCGCUUCGAGCAGAUGUACACCGAUGCCCGGCCGCGCGAGAGCGUGAAGCCCUCCGAGCGUCGGGUGCUGGAUGUCCUCCUCCCGCCGGGGUCCUUCUACAUGCAGCGCGACAAACUUCGUUACGACUAUACCCACGCCAUCUUGCCUGUCACCCCGGGCCAGGAGACGGUCUGGCCCGAGGGCGCCGGCCAGCGGGUAGUUCCCCUGGAGCCGGCUCGGCGGAUUGUCUUCCUCGUGCGCGAUCGGCUGAACGCCACCGGGCCCGGACCCGGUGUCGGGGCCGGGGGGAAGGUCUUGGAAGGGACGUACUAGUGUGCACUUGGCCGCUUUUUUUUUGCCCGCAUCUCUUCUGCUUCUUCACAGAAAGUGUGCAUAUGUAAGCAGCCACACCCACCCACAGGCACACAUAAAAGCACGCCCACCCACACGCACACACGCAUGUCCACGCGGGGCCUUGUCAAAUGGACACACGCCGGGCCUUGAAUGACAAUCAUAUUCCUGGCCUCAAGGCGUAUUUCCGUGGAGGGGGAGGGGGAGGGGGGCGG